AACGAGAUGCAGUUUCUGGACCAGCAUCGACGUAAUGCGGAGUUGCCCUCCGGCGUAUCCACGAGGAGGCUUUCCGUCCGUCGCCCUGUCGCACCUUCUCUGCCUCAGCUCGAUGCUGCAGCUUCGAUCUCUCUUGGUCGCCUGUCACGUCCGGUAGAGCCAAGGCAGGGCCCGAGUCCGUGAGAAUGAAUGCUAUAAGAACUGCGCAGUAAGCCUGAAGCGUACUACCACACCUGGCUUUACGAGCCCGAGAUAGUCGAGCCGUGAUUCAUCGACGACCCAAGCUUCCGCCCUCUGUGCUUGACAGGCACCAACGAUGGCUCGGUUCAGUUGGCUUCUGACUCUUUGCUUGACGGUGGCAUUGCCGAGCCAGGCCCAUCCUUCCCUGCACGUACGCGACAUCACCGCCCAUCAACUCUCCGAUUUCUUAUUCUGGGUGCAGUAUGCCGACGCCGCCUACUGUAGCACUAACUAUGACCCAAAAUCGAAGGGGGCGAAGGUCCGCUGUUGGGAUCAAGGCUGUCCGCUGGUGGAAGCCUCCAACGCGAGCAUCAUCUUUGCCUUUUCUGACGCCACCAUGACCGACACGGCGGGCUUUGUGGCGAUCGACCAUCUCAACCAACGCCGCAUCAUCGCCUUCCGCGGCUCGUACUCGGUGCGGAACUGGAUGUCCAACCUGAUGUUCGCCUUCACCGACACCCAGCUCUGCGAGGGAUGUUUCGCUGAGCUCGGCUUUUGGACCUCCUGGCGGUUGGUGCGCACCGACCUCAUCCACCAGCUGGAGGGUCUCCAGGGGAAGUCCCGUGAUUACGUGCUCGUGCUCGUCGGGUACAGCCUGGGCGCCGCCGUCGCAACCCUGGCGGCGGCGGAUCUUCGCACCCGGGGAUACCAGGCGACCUUGUAUGCGUACGCCUCGCCCCGAGUGGGCAACGCGGCGUUGGCCCGGUAUAUCACCAACCAAGGGAACAACUACCGAUUCACCCACACGAAUGACCCGAUCCCGAAGUUGCCGCUGUUGAUCAUGGAUUACGUCCACAUCAGCCCCGAGUAUCAUAUUCUCUCCGGGGAUAAUGUCACAGUGCGGCCGCAGGAUGUGGCCGUGUAUGAAGGGUAUGUCAACGAUGCUGGCAAUACGGGGACCGGCAGUCCGUCGUUGCAGGGACUGUCCGCGCAUAAAUGGUACUUUCAGCUGGUGGAUGGAUGCAAGGGAAAGGGCUUUCCUUGGCGAAGUCUGAUGUAG